ACGUUCUCCCCAGGCCGUUCAUUGCUUAUCUUGCAUUCGAACAACCACUACUACCAAACUAUUCGCCUAUUUGACUCCGACGAGGUGGACCCGUUUAAGGGGAUCCCAGGUGGAUCAACCGUUGAUGUCGAGUCUUGGUCGGACUUUAGCCUCCGUAGUAGCGGAUGGAUAUACAAGGCUAACCAGAUGCUGUGCUGGGUUCCGCCUGUGUAUAGGCCAUAUUCACUCGAUAUAGGGAACGUCGGGUCGGGGAGGUGCAACGGAUUCAAGGUUUUGGGGAAGAACAAGGUAGUUUUGGUGCAGCAGCACGACUUCGUUGUGUUGCACUUUCCUCAUGUGGGUGUACAGUCUGAUGGACGUCGCGCAAAUUGAUUACGAAGCCAAGUAGAGCCGAUUCUGUGCUAAGCUGAGGGGCGAGAUCCCACUGUUUUGGAUUGAAGUCCCUGAGGGGUGCACAGAAGAGCACGGGCCAAGUAGCAUAUGUUCUUGUGGCAACACCUUGUCGUCUGCGCGCAAUACAC